UUCAUUUGCUGAUCGGACACUAAUAGUUGAGUCGGUCGCUGUUGCAGAAAGCCAGACGAGAGACGAGAGACGGAGAAUGAAGGGGUUGAACCAUGGAUCGAUAAAUGAAGGGGAAAACGACUCAUUUCACUCCAGCAGAUAAAGCCUGAGAGAUUCACACGAUGCGAGGAUUCAGCGCCAGCGAUUUGUCUCCAGCAGUGCUGCAGUGCUCCUGUGGAUCUGCAGAGCAGGCUCAGAAGAAGAAAACCCCGCCUCCUCCCAGGCCAUGCCCCGCCCAGCCCACGCAGAGGCCACGCCCCACUCCCUCAGCCACGCCCAGAGCACAGAAACCCCACGUGCCCCCUAAGCCUGUGCGCCUGCUCGGUCUCGUCCCUCCAGCGCCCCGCCGGCCCCUGCCCAGUCCCCCACCGAGAGCCAGAGUCCCGUCUUCAGGGCCCGUCCACAGCUCCAGGUUUCCGAUUCUGGGCCUCCAGCGGAGGAGCGACCUCCAUUGGGGAGCCAACAUGGAUCCUCCAGCUUCUGGAGAGCCGGACGCCAGCGAUCGUCCUCAGCCCAGCGAGACACCAGCGGCAGAUGAUGCACUUUCAUUUAAAGCAUGUGAAAUCUCUGAGCUUUUGAGAUUGUCCAGUUUAAACCCCUUCCAGACGGACUCUGCCAAUGACUCUGAGAUUACAGAGGAACUUCAGAAAGAGCGUCAGAAACACUGCAGCAGUGGUUUGGAGAGUAAUCGCAGCGACUCGGACAGCGAUCGUCACGAGGGGAGCAGCAAGCACGCAGACGGCGAGGAGGAAAGGUCACAGGGUCACGAGGGGACGGAGGCCAGCGGAAAGAUCCCCAACCGGGACAGCGGCAUCGACAGUCCGUCCUGCGGAGCGGAGACAGAGGGCUUCCCCAGCGAGGACCGCAUCGAGGAGGAGGACCGGAGCGCCGGCCUGGCCACAGAGACCCCCGGCGGAGACAAGCGGGACUCCACGCAGGACGAGGACAGCGACCUGGACGAGGGCAGCGGCGAGGACCCCGAGAGCCUGGAGAUCAAGUCGCAGAAGCUGUUGAACAUCGCUAAAGAGUUGCUGCAGACGGAAGAAGCGUAUGUCAAAAGACUCAACCUGCUGGACCAGGUGUUUUGUGCUCGUCUGACGGAGGCUAACAUCCCUGCUGAGGUCAUCACAGGAAUCUUCUCCAACAUCUCCAGCAUCUACCUCUUUCACCACCAGUUCCUGCUGCCUGAACUACAGACACGCAUCACACAGGAGUGGAGCUGUAAUCCACGUAUAGGGGACAUCCUGCAGAAGCUGGCCCCAUUCCUGAAGAUGUACGGCGAGUAUGUGAAGAACUUUGAUCGUGCCAUGGAGCUGGUGAGCACCUGGACGCAGCGCUCCGCUCAGUUCAAGAGUGUGGUCCAGAACAUCCAGAAGCAGGAGGUGUGUGGGAACCUGACGCUGCAGCAUCACAUGCUGGAGCCGGUGCAGAGAAUCCCGCGCUAUGAGCUCUUACUGAAGGACUAUCUGAAGAAGCUGUCCGCCGGAGCUGCAGACCGCAGAGACGCCCAGAAUGCUCUGGAGCUGAUCUCCACCGCAGCAAACCACUCCAACGCUGCCAUCAGGAAAAUGGAGAAGAUGCACAAGCUGUUGGAGGUGUAUGAGAAGUUGGGCGGAGAGGAGGACAUCGUUAAUCCAGCUAAUGAGUUCAUUAAAGAAGGCCACUUAAAGAAGAUGUCUGCUAAGAACGGCACGGCACAGGACCGAUACCUCUAUCUGUUCAAUAACAUGGUGCUGUAUUGCGUGCCCAAGCUGAGGCUGAUGGGACAGAAGUUCAGCGUCCGAGAGCGAAUCGACAUCGCAGGGAUGGAGGUUCAGGAAAACGCCAAGCAGAACGUCCCUCACACCUUCACCAUCAGCGGCAAACAGCGCUCGCUCGAGCUGCAGGCCAGGACGGCGGAGGAGAAGGACGACUGGAUAAAAGUGAUCCUGGCGACGAUUGAGAAGCACAAGCAGAACAGCGAGACGUUCAAAGCUUUCAGUGUCUCCUGCAGCCGUGAUGAGGAGCACACGCCUGACACGCCGGUAACUCGUCCUUCACACGCUCCAAACCAGGUGAACGCAACGUCUUGA